AUGAGUGCAGCUGGAAUGGUCGAUGCUGUUAGGGGAGUUGCACUGGCAAUGGCCAUUCUGUGCACCCUGGUUUGCUAUCUCAGGCUGUACACGCGAUGGAUGGUCGUAAAGACAUUGGAAAUAGACGAUUACCUAGUAAUUCUAGCAUUGUUCCUGGUUGAUGGCUACUCGGCCCUCGCAUACACCUUUACAUACUACGGCCUGGGCCUCCACCACGAGGACAUCUCCAGUGACGGUGCAGUAGUCUGGUUGAAGAUCUACUAUGCCGCCCUCUGCAGCACCCUCAUCGUCAGCGCCAUUGUCAAACUCAGCUUAACAACCUCAGUAAUGCGCAUCUUCCCCCAGCAGCAUCACAUCAAACUCAUCGGCCGGGCCCUCAUAUUAUUCCUCGCCCUGUUUAUAAUAUCCGGAGUUCUCGCCCUUGUAUUCCAAUGCAACCCAAUCCGCGCCUUCUGGGACAAGACGCGAACUAUCGAACCAAUCCCAGACUCCGGCGCCUGUUUUUCAGCAGAAAAGACGCUCGCCAUAAACAUGUACCAGGGCGUCCUCUUAUUCGUGUUUGACAUCAUCCUCCUAAUCCUGCCAAUACCGACUAUCUGGAAACUGGAUAUGCCAGCUCGACACCGCGUCCUCGUGCUGCUCCUGUUCGGUUUAGGCCUUGUCGCUUGUGCGGCUGCUCUCGUGCGCUUCGUGAUCGUGGUUUAUGUCCAGAAUACUACUGAUAUGCCAUUCAUAACCGCCCCGUCACUAAUAUGCACCAUCGUCGAAUCAGCACUCGGCCUCCUAACCGGCUCGCUCCCAACCCUCCACCAAUCUCUCCCCGUAUCCACCUCCAGCGGCAGUCUGAGUCGAAGCCAGACUCGUACUGGAGCCCGCUGGGCCGCAUCCCAUCCACACUCUGCAACGGUGUACGAGCUCGGUAAUAACUGGAGACGGAAGCGGGGGGAUGGCAUUUUGAAGAUCUCCGAGGUGCAUACUAGUGUUCAUGAGUACAGGGCUUCUAUGCUUGCGAGGCCGGAGAGUCAGGAGAGGAUUGUGCCUGGGAAUGUGGGUGGUACUGGGAUAUAUGGGCUGGGAGGGGGGAAGUGGGGAGGGGUUAGGGUUGAUGUUAGUUCGACGCCUAGGUACUGA